GUCAAGAAUGUGGAAUAACGUCGAACUUCUGCUGAACGAGGACACUAACACAGUCCGACUGUACAGCGAUGCUGAACAAGAGUCCGGGAACGCUUUAUAUCAAGUGGAUACCUUGGUUAAAAUCUCAUCCUCUGAAAGGGUACUGUGUAAUCCAAAGGUCUACGCCUCCAGUACUCCAAACUGCUGUAUUGUUGUUGCUGACACUGCAGUGGUUGUCUUUGAUCCUGGUUUUCAGACUGUUUUGAUUCACCUGUAUUUUGACUCCGUGGUAGAUGCUGUUACUGCUUGCCCCCAAGGCCAGUUUCUUCUGGUUGGAGAGAGAAAUGGAAGUCUGCACAUCAUCUAUGUCCCUCUGAAGAAGACGGUGCUGACCAAAACUCUGCACCAACAAAACCCCUGUGAUGGUGAUGAGACGACCUUUAAGAGCCUAAUUCUGCACGAGACACCUGGUUCUAAAGGAGUGUAUGAUCUAUUUUUCAUUGUUAACAAUGGUUUCCUACACACAUCGAAUGUGGCUUUGGGAAAAAUACAGAGCGCGAUUGAAAACAUGGAUCUAAUGGCUUUAAAUAAGAUCCAAGAUGAUAUUCUAAUGAACUUCUGCUCUACUGAAGAGAUUCAUGAAGAUGGUUGCAUCUCAGCAGGUCUGGUCUGCUUUGGAAGCACAAUCCACCUUCUGAUUGGGGCUGAUGGUGCUAAUGUUCUUUCACUUUGGACCAUGGGUCAUGGGCAGACAUCACUGUCUCUCACAAAACUCCUUGACUCUGCUUUAAUGUCAGAGGUGAAGAAGAUUCAAGUUGUGGAUAAUUGGAUGUAUGUCCUAAACAAAGAGGGCAUGCUCAGCUUGUUGGACAUCCACUCUUUUGUCAUGCUUUGUUGCUGGCCGGAUCAAUACAUUGUUGAUUUCCUGCUGAUAUCAGAGAGAAACUCCUCAUCUAUUACACAGCAAGAUGAUAACAGCUUGAAAAUCAUGACCUUGGUAGCUGAAGAAAAGAAGGGUCAUGCUAGGAAGCUUGUGAUUCAGUCCCUGCCUUCUAUGGAGGUUUUCUACUCACUAGAAGUUUCUUCUGAGUCGUGGUUGAUCCAGAAGGGAAUCAAUAUGGACACCAUCUAUUUGCUGGAGGGAAUUUUGGCGAACACAAAGAGCAGCCAUGAAGAUCCAGUGUCUACUGUUGUGAUAAGAUGCUUCACAGAGGCGCUGCCAGAAAACAGACUGAACAAACUUCUUUAUAAGCACAAGUUUGAAGAAGCAGAGAAAUUUGCAAAAGCUUUUGGGCUUGAUGUUGAACUGGUGUAUAAGGUUAAGCUGAAUGUUGUGCUGGAAAAGCUCAUCUCGACAUCAGGCAGUGAUCAAACCCUUGAGUGGCCUGAGCUCAUUGAUGAGGCUAAAACCAACCUGAUGAAGAUCAUGGAUGAGCAGUUUGUGGUGCAGUACUGCCUAACUGCUUCCUGGCCUACUCUCAGCAUUGCGGAGGAGAUGUUAAAUUACACCUUGAACCGUUUCCCGUGCUGCCAGAUCCAAACAGCCUUGGCUAAGCUCGCCACCUUUGCCAGCAUGUAUGGACCCAACAACUUUGAGGGGAUCUCAUGGAUUGAGUUUUUGAACAGCACAGAUUAUCUUAAAGACAUCCACGCUCUUCUGAAAGAAGGGAAUCUUAGUGGAGCACAAUAUUUGUGGCUGCGACACGAGGGUGAGUUUGCCAGUGCAUUCGAUGAAGACUGCCUGCAUGCUCUGUUGGGCUCCAUUUCAUCAGACAUCCCCUCACAGGACCUAAGUCUGUGGUUUAAGGGUGUUGUCGUCCCAUUUAUAUGGAGAUUGUUGCCCAAAGGAAAGAAAAUCCUCGCCAGGUGGUUGGAGCAGCGUGUAAGGAAUCUGGAGUUAACCGAAAAGGGUGACUGGCCUCAUAAUGGACUGGUUCUGGCUGAACUUGGCUUGCCUUCUCUUUGGAGGUCAAUGGGUUUGGCUGAAAACUGUGGAGCAGAGGAAGUGCAAAAUCUGAGGUCAUUAGUGGCAAACCUCCGACAGCUUUGUGACCUCUACACCAAAUAUAACUGCCACCUUUCACUGUCUGACUAUGAAAGGGGAAGCACGCGUAGUAUGGCCUUUCUGAUGCUGGAUAAGGUGCAGGCCCCAGAGCUGAUUCCUGCAGUUAUUGAGAGCAGCGUCGAACCUUAUGCUCUUGAGAACGGAUUGGACCUGGACCAGACCCUCUUACACUAUAUCAAGGACCUGCUAGACUGUUGCAGCUCUCAAAUCACCUCUCUCUUCACUGAAUGGGAGGCCAAAGCCGUGGCUGUACUACACUGCAUGACAGACACUAAUAAGGUGAUGGAUGCUGUGAUUGAAAUAAUGUACAAGGCCGUGGUGCCCUGGAGUGAAACCAUCGAGAAACUUGUUCAGCAGCACUUGGAGAAGGAACAUCCAAAACAGGAGUUACUGAGAGAGGGUUACAGAUUGAUGGAAAUAAAGAAGCUUCUCAGAUGCUAUGGCAUCCGCACCUUAGCCCUCUCUAACUCUCGUGAUAUCAUGAUGCUUGUGAGGCACAUUCUGAAGCAGGACCUGCCCACCUCUCUCGAGGACUCACUGAAGUUGAUUGAGGCCUAUAAACUAAACCCAGCAGAGAUCCACCAUCUUCACUGCAUCCAGCUUAUACAGUGUAAUAAGAGGGAGAAGUGCAUUGCGCUGCUGAAGAAUCUGCCCCAUUCUGAAGCAGAAUUUGUGAUUGAGCGAAUGGCCUGUUGGGCAAGACUUGAACUUCAAGACAAGCGACACAUUUCUGAAGAGCAGAAGAGAUUACAAUUGCUAAUAUCACAGAUUAUGGUUGAAGCUUUGAAGUACCUGCAGAGCAUUCAGACAGAUGAUGCGUUCAAGAAGACUGAAUGUGGGAACAGUCUGAACAUGUUCACAGCCAUGUCUCAUCUACAGGAAGACUUUGACAUCUUCUUAACACCAGAAGAAUAUGAGGAUCCUUUAGUGAGACAUAAGUUCAACCAGCAGCUCAUCACCGCAUAUGAGAAUGCACAAGCAUGGCGGCGCUCAGGAAAACACCCUGACAAGGUUUCAAGUAGUCACCUGAAUGGUAAUGCUGCAGUAGCCAAUGACCCUGAUGGUAAAACGAAGACACUCUCAACUGAAGCUGGGCUACACCGGCUGGCCAGGCAGCUGCAAAAGACAGAGCAGGAACUGUGGGCAGACCUGGCACUGAGAGCUCUGGAUGCUGGAGAUGUGGAGAAAGCCCUGCAGAUCCUAAGUGAGCUAUACCAGCAUCACUCCAACUGCAGCACAGGACGAGUUCUGUUCAGCACUGCGCAGCGCCUCUGCCAGAUGCUGGAGGAAAACGUCCCCAUGGUUCUACCUGAAAAGGUUAACCUGCCUGCUGUCAUCCAUAGGCUGGCCUGCCAGGCCAUUACAGUCUGCCACAGUGACCUCUUGCUUGACUGUUUGGAGCUGUGUAAAAGCACCAGAAGUGCUGCAGAUGUGUACAGACAAUGUCAGAUUGAAGAUUUUGGAUUUUUACCUAAGGAAUCUGCACUGAGUGGUGAAGAGGACACUUACACUGAUUCCCAUUUUCAUGAUGUCUUUAAUGAGGACUGCAUUGUGCUAGAUCCCGUCUCAGUGCUUCCACUCCAGUAUAAAAUCACCAGAAAUUUGUUACCACUUUCAGAAUCGAGACUUUAUCCUUUUGGCUGUUCCUGCCUGUCAUACUGUGCUCUCAAAGAAGAAACUGAUUUGGUUGGGCCUUUACUCAAUCCCAUGGCCUCAAUGCUGCAAAUGCUACAGGAGUGCAGUCAGCUUGAACUGGCUCUGCGACUUCUGAUGGAGUCUUAUGGCAGUAUAUUACUGCACUUUGUUUCUAACAACAUGGACAUCUCGCUAAGCAAAAGGCUUCAGUCUAACAACCGCAUGGCCAGAGACAAACAGACUCUUGACAGGAUAGAGAAAACUGUUCUCUCGUCUGUCACAGUGGUUGUGGUCUCCUUGUUACAGAAGGUGCUAAACUGGAGAGUGGUCGACUCUGAUUUGGCCAUCGGACUUUGCACCAUUUUGUCCAAGGCAGCGGUCGUGGAUAUUUUGUGGAAGAUGAUCACCAGUGCCUGGCAAAAUUACGACAAGAUAAAGGUUGUUGCUAUGGUCGGAGCCCAUCUAAGUUUUUUGUAUAAGGAUGAAGAGGAGAGAGAAAAGUUUUUGUCUGUCAUCACUGAUGCAGAGUGGGGCAUUCAGCUUGGCAAACUUGGGGUUUCCAUCCAGUCUGUUUUCAGGCAGUGCGCAGAGACGAAGAGAAACUUGAUUCCUACACUUGUGAAAAACAAAAAUAUCACUCCUGACAUCAUACUGCAUUACUGCAGCACAUUUGGAUUGGACAGCGAUUCUGCAAUCAAUCUGUACAUAACCACUCUACUACUGCAGGAAGAUAGAUGGUAUGAGAUGGAGAUUGAAGAAGGUGAUGCCAAAGGUACCCUGCGGGGUGAAGAGUCGCUGCUACGAAAAGAUGACAUGCUAGAAAGAGCUCUACAGAUUGUUCCUCAGCUCGGCUCUACCAAAGACCUUGUGUUCAGUCUCAACUCUGCCUUGACCAAGCUAAAUCCUUACAACUAUGAGUGGAUAGAGAGAGUCCUCAAAACUAUUCAGAUGGCUGAUGAGAGCACAAACCUUCUACCCCUUGGUCAGAUGGUUGGAUUACUCCAGCAUUUAAAGUCACAUAGAAGAAUCUCUCCUCCCACUGACCUGGAGAGCUCAUAUCUUUUGGAGAACGGUCUUGAACCCACUGCUCUAGCUAACACCCGCCUGCCUUUUCAUCUGCUAUUCCAGACCAACCACGCCUUCUGGAAAAUUGUCUCUCCUGAACUUAGCGAGGACACUUUACCCACGCUGCUAUUCAUCUGUAAACUGCUGAAGCUUAAUCUUGAUAAGCUGUAUGUUUUAGCUGUGAACCAUGUGUUCAAGAAGAAUCUUUUGCCUUUGCUAAUGGAUCAGUCUAAGAAAAUCCAGCAUCUUGGUCCCAGCAAAGAGUCGUCCAGUGUGACUCAGAGUAUCUUUAAACAUGCACUGUGCAUUCAGAAUCUGGAACUUGCUGCAGCCACAAUCCAUAAAAUUGCUCAGGACCUUCCUGCAGGUGGAGAAAAGACUGAUUUCUUAAAGUUCAGCUUGGAACUCGUACACAAGUUGCAGAAGUCUGAUGCUCUGGAGGAAAAUUUGCAGUCUCGAGGUGAGGCACUCAUCUCUAAACUGCAGUUGCAAUAUCAGCGCUCGGCCACAGAGAACGCUCUCCUUUCAUCUCAGCUCAGCUCCCCAGAGCUCCUCAAACUCACAGGCCUGCCUGGGCGCCUGAUUGUAGCUCUCUUUGAGCAUAGCUCAGUGGUGGACCAUAUGAAGAACCCUGCUGGGAUGACUUACCCUGACAUUCACAGCGUGGCCAAGGAGAUUGCCUCCAUCAAUGGUGUCGAUCUUCUGAAGAUCCGGAACAUUCUUUUGGAGAAAUGGUUGUGCCAAACAGGGCAGUCUAAUGGCAAGGACAUAAAUCAGCAGGACUAUGUGACUGAUAUAAAUGAUGACCCUGAUCUCAUGAGAGUUGUUUAUUUGCUGCAGAUGCACCCCAUGGAUAUAAGUGCUCGCUUGCUCAGUCCCAUCCUGACAGCACAAACGUGGCCCCUGGGAGGAUCGGGCCUUCGUCUGACCUUUGAACAUCGUAGCCGUGCUUUGAUCUGUCUCACUCACUUAGCAGAUGCUAACACUUUGGAGGCACUUUCCAACCGGCCUAGUAGCAAAAUCAAAUAUUAUUUGAAGUGUUACAUGUACCUUGCCCAGAUGGAAGCCCUGAACAUUCCCUACACCUUGGAAAUGUUCAUCAGCAGCCCAAAGGAAGGCAUGAUCAAGGGUUUAUGGAAGAACCACAACAACGAACCUCAGGCUGUCCGUCUUGUGGCAGAUCUUUGUUUGGAGUAUGAGGUUUAUGACUUGCAGCUGUGGAACAGUGUCUUGCAAAAACUUGUGUCGUUCAAUAUGACAAGCUACUUGCAGAAGGUUCUUGAAGCUCUCAUUGCAGUGCCCAGCCUGUUAGAGGGGCAAAGUCUUUCCAGGAUAUGGCGAAGUGUGAUUCAAGCCCCUUUCUUGACAGCCUCUCUUCCUCUCAGCCCUCGACAGCAUGACGUUAUGUAUCAGACAUUCGUCCUGCUUCUAAAAUGUCCAUUUUUAUUCACUUUGGAUCUGGUUGCCAUUGCCAAGCGGUUUUCUCAGUUCAGUCUGCAGGCCUUCUCUUUGGGCACACUCUUGCUCAUACCUUGUGUCAAAAAGAAGGAACCACAGAUUCAAAGCUUCCUGUUGUCCUGUAACCCUUCCCUCAUUCUGGAUCAGAUAGAGGAAAGCAUGACCACUGGAGAGUUAGCCGGCAUUCCUUCACAGAUUAGAGACACAGUGUUCACGUUCCUUUGUGAAAAUGGCAAGUCCCAGACGUUGAUGAAGACCAAACACUUCACUUAUUUGAAGAGGCACUUGAUCUCCAAGGGUCUCUCUGAACUAGUGCAGGAGCUGCUGAACUGCCUUAUGGAGCAAAAUGGUGAAGAAGAGGCCAUUUCCUUUGCCCACGAAUAUCUGAAAUACAGAGAGAUGAAAGGAGGACAAACAGCACCUGUGAGCGACACUCUCUCGGAUCCUGUCAGGGUAUUUUUGGACAAGGCGCUGGAAUCUAGGGGUGCUCAAACAUCGGCAUAAGAUUAUGAAAGAAUUAUGA